AACCAGAAAAGAAAUUAGAAGAUCUUCAGGAAGAAUUAGGUGUAUCUGGAAGAAAUAAUGCAAAUGAACCAGUAAAUUAUUCAGAUCUUAAUGGGGUCACAGAGCCCAUUUCAGUUACUUGA